AGAACCGAUUUGAACACCGAGAACCCGGCAUCUAUACCCGGCUUGAAACGUACGCUAAAUAAACAUUUUCAACUCCAUUAAACCACCACCACCACCACCACCACUACCACAACCACCUCACCACAUUACUAUCAAGCGAUGGCUACCGGUGCCGGCGGCAAGGUUUCUUUCAAGGUUACUCUCACCUCCGAUCCGAAGCUACCGUUCAAAGUGUUUAGCGUUCCGGAAGGAGCUCCUUUCACUGCUGUACUCAAAUUUGCUGCUGAAGAAUUCAAAGUUCCUCCACAAACUAGUGCCAUCAUCACCAACGAUGGUGUUGGAAUCAACCCUCAGCAAAGUGCAGGCAAUGUCUUCCUCAAACAUGGCUCCGAACUACGCCUGAUUCCUCGCGAUCGGGUUGGUGCUUAGGUUGGCUGGUUCAGUAAACUUUCUUGAUAACUUUGUUACUAUGGUUUGUGUUUUGCGAGGAUGAUAAUUUAUUGAUGUUACAAGGGUUUGAAUAAGCUUUUACUGAACUUGACAUUAUACCUCUCCCCAUAAGUUUUACGACGAUAGCCUUCUGGUUUGGACCUGAUCCAGCCAUAGAAUGUAGAUUAUAUAUAAAAAAGGGGUUUAUAUUUGGGUGUUAAA